GGCACCCUGCAAUGCAGUUUGAAGAACAGGGUGCGCCAUCUGGCGACCCCAGCAAGAAGCUUGAAGGCGUUCGCGCGCAUGGGCCUUUCUUCGCUGCCAUUGCUCAACGCGGGUACAGCGUGGUCUUUUUGAGCUUUUGCCUUUCGCGUCCGAAAUACCUGCGCCUGUUUUCUCUAGUUUAAGAUCCGAUGGCGUCAUCAGAACCGUGUGGUCGCACCCCUGUGAAGAAGAAAAGUGGGCGCAGGUACUGCUCUGUCAAAGACUGCCACAGUCGCGAAGGGACACCAGGCGUGAGGCUGUACAGUUUUCCGUCAAAGCCUUGGGAGAAGUCACGAAGGCAAAAAUGGAUUAUCGCCGUGCGACGAGUCAAUUUUGAGGACUCCUCUAGCUGGCAGCCUAAUCGAGAUUCGAGGGUGUGUUCCAAACAUUUUGUGAAUGGCGAGAAAAGCACAAUUGAAAGCCACCCAGGUUAUGUACCAACAAUAUUCCCGACCGUGUACAAGAAGAGGUCCACUUCAUCUACUGCUCAGCUGGCUAGAUUUAAUAGGUGGAAGCAGCGGCACUCUGGGUCAUCUGCAUCACUGGCUACUCCUGCAUCAGCUGAUUCCCCUGGACCAGCUUCUCCCUACACAGCUGAGACAGGAGCCAUUGGUACCAGCAGCCUUACCACAGUUGAUCUAGCAACUAGUACAGACCUGUUGUACGAGCGGAGCUCGACAGAGGGCUUGGAUCUACUGUCCACUGUCGCUGCUGAGCUUUGCACUGCAGUAAAAUCUGUGGUAAGCUCCUGAAAAUUUCGGAAACUGAAGUUGAAUGCCUGAAAUUGUACAGCUAAAUAUGUUCUUCGCUCUUAUACCAUGCUCAGUUACGCCUCCCUGUGUAGCAUAGGCAGCAAGUUAGCAGUGUUGUACUCUUAUUGCUCAUUCCCUUCUCAUUUUUUCAGUGCAGCACUUGAU